UUUUACACCAAACUGCUUCCUAAACGAGGGUCAGUACAAUGCAGGAUUUGCAUCAAAGCUGUUAAUCAAGGAUGGAUCAAUACCAACUCUGCGUGAUCACACCACUUCAUAUCUGAGAAGCACGAGUCGUAAACUCAGCCCUCUUCUGGAAAGGGGACGGGGAACAGCAGCUCGUUUGCAUUAAAAAAAACACACACACGAAAACUUCGUUUAUUUAGUUCUACCCAAAAGGGGCAUUUACGGCAAAACGGAACAGAAUAUCGAUGAGUCAUCCAGCACUACACGGGUUCUUGUCCAAUCAGAUGCUCUCUAGAAUGAGAAUGUCCCUCCCACUAAAUGGUCUCUCUUCUCUGCUCUAAUCAUGGUUCGUCGGUGUGUAUUUGGCUGUUCUAACGCACGCACUUUAUUUUGUUUCCCAACCACAAACUGGUUACGAAAAAAGUGGCUGGAAUUUAUACAUUUUGAAGAAGGGGCUAUUUGCGCCAGCUCGCGGCUUUGUGACAGGCACUUCUCUGACGAAUCCUUCACCAAUUUGGGGAUGGUUACUGCUGGGAUAACGUGCUACCUUACAUUAGCAAACACGGCCGUUCCCACUCUGUACACUGUAGGCGCUUCCCCUCCCGCACGAGUAAGUAUAGCGUUCUUCAGAAGCUUCUUAGACGUUGCAUUUCUUUCAUCAAACUGUAAUCACUAAGUCUUCGCCUUGGAAACAACCUUUCAUGUAUGCUAUGCUGGGUGACGUAGCGGCGUCAUGACGUAGGAAUCAUUUGAACCGGAUCUUUCGAGCCGAUUCCUUAAAAUGAACAGUUAAAAAAGAACCAGUUCGCGCCACAGAAAAGAGUCGGAUUGCCAAACACUGAACGAGCAUAGCAAGCGACGGACAGAUAUGGUGAAAAGGUGCGUUUUGGGUUGUUAUCCGCACAAAACCUUGUUUCCUUUCCCCAAGCUGCCGUGGUUGCGAGCCCGCUGGCUUGAAUUUUUACAUUUUGAGGAAGGAGGAAUAUCGGAGAGCUCGCGGUUGUGUGCGAAGCAUUUCGCCCCAGAAUGCUUCACAAAUUUACAACAGUACGACAUGGGCUUCACUGACUUUCUUAGCUUGAUAGAUAUGGCUGUUCCGACAAUAUACACCGUUGGUCCAGCACCGAGUGUGAAGCCAAUCACACGUGAGAUAGGCUGCCAGUGUAAUGCUCUGAUUCUGAAGAGCGUUGCGGUCCAAGCAGUACGCACCCAAAAAAAGCCAAAACGGAGAAGUAAAGCCAUUCAAGUGAGACCUCUUUUGAGUCAUUGUGCUAGUGUGUCCUGUUCCGAUGAGGAUUUUCCAGUCAAAUCUGAAUCUUCAUUUACAUUAACACCAAUUAAAAGGCCACGCAUGGAGGAUUCCCCUGAGAGGUCUACACACAGCUCAGAAGAAGCAACAGAUGACUCCAACUUGCCUAAUAUAAUUAAAGAUGACGACAUAAAGCUUGAGCCCUGUGAGUCUUCGUACAUCGUCGUCACCAUCUGAAUCCUCCAUUUCGUCAUCUGCAGAAAACAGAAUCUGACCAGCACAGGAGGAAGAGGGCAAAGAGAAAGACGGUGUUCAACUUAUCUUUUUAAAAAACAAACAGAUGAUACUGAAAACAUAUCAUCCUAAAAAGAGUAAUACACCUCGCAAACCUAAAUAAGUAGGUAAUAUUCUCUAUUACAUUCUGAUUGAGCUGCUUAUCCCCUUUACAAGUGAGAAAGAUGGACUAUAAUCACUUGACUAAAACAUCUGACAUGUCAACGAAUUAGUAUGACACAGAUAAAGCAUGGAUGGAAAUGCCACACUCGAGAUGACUGUUCUCUCACUGUCAAGUUCCCUCCUCAAAUGACUUGCCUUGUCUCAAAUCUAGCACAGGACAUACAUGUAUUCAAGAGAUGUUAUUGGCUCAAACAUUAUAUAAAUACAGAAAUAUUAGUAGCAUGUUAGUAAACCACAUACACUGUGUUCUAUUCAUCCUAAAAAAUUGUCUUCCACUGAAAAUCAAGUUUGACCAGAGUUCAUUACUGGAUGUUUUGUUAAUCAAAACAGUCUGUGCAGCCUUUUCUUUAAGGCCUACCUGCUUUGUUAGAUUGUAAACUCACUGACUGAUCAUGGUUAUACUCACUUCAGGUCAAGUGUUGGGAAAGAUUAAGGAGCGGCCAUGCAAAUAAUGGUCAUGCAUUUGUACUACGGAAAAAGGGGGAUGUAAAAGGGGAUGUCCCAUCUAGGACUUGGGUAGAGGGAUGAUUUUGAAUUUAACACUGUAGAUCAAAGGAAAGCCCAAACUAUAAAUUCUGCCAUUUAAAGCUGUUUGAGGAGCAAGAGGGUCUUGCCAAAGCAAGUCUGUUUAGAUUCAGAUCACAAAUGUUUAGACUUUGUUGAUUUUGAUAAGUGUUUUAUACAUUCCAUAAACUAAUAAAUGUUAUUUAUGUAAUCAUUUAUGAUUUUCUUUAAUGGAAAUAUGUUUUAUU